AUGACAGAUCCACCGCCAGCGGCGGUGUUCCCGAGCUUGCGGCACAAGCAAGUUCGCCAGCUCCAGAAGACCGAGAUGUGCAAGUUUCACAUGAUGAAUAGGUGUGGAAAGGGCCCGAACUGCAGCUUCGCCCAUGACGUGUCAGAGAUACGGGACAAGCCGAAUCUCAACCGCACGAGCAUGUGCAAGACCUUCCUGCUGACCGGGAAUUGUGACAAGCCCCGCUGUGCCUUCGCACACGAUGAGCGGGAGCUUCGGACGACGGAGGGCUUCUUUAAGACCAAGCUGUGUCGUUUUGCAAACCGCGGUCGCUGCAAGCACGGAGGCGCCUGUCGAUUUGCUCACAGCACACAGGAACUGUUGCCUGAGGAGAAGCCCGCUGCAGGGCCGCAAGCACAGGACAUGCCUCCAGUACCUUUCGGGAUGACUUUGCAGCAGGAACAUACGGUGCCGGCAAGGCCAGAUGUGCCUGGUGCACCAGAAAGAGGAAACCGCUCACAGAUGAGGGCGCGCAUUGUCGACGAUGCGAGGCAGCAAGCACCAAGCGAAACGAACACGUCGGGUAGCGACAGCAUGUCGGAGCAGCGCACAACUCGUGACGAAGCUUCAGAUCAGAGCACCAGGGCAGACACAUCCGCAUCCGUGCCAACGCCUGAGGGCAGUGGAGACUCUGGUCCCGAGGAGACUGCCAACGCAUCUCCGGGAGCUGACAGCCCUCAGGAAAGACCUCGACAACGCCGUGGGGGGGAAAGGCCUCAAGCAAGGCACUGCACAACCAUGAUGCUCACCAACGUGCCUCCAUUUCUGACACAGGGCGCUUUGAUCUCGCUCCUGGAGGAUCUCAGUACCUACAUGCGCGGUGCUUUCGACUUUUUCUAUUGUCCCUGGGACCCCUACCAGGAUCGUAACCUCGGCUAUGCCAUCGUAAACUUUUUUAUGAGGUCUGUGGCAGCCGAGUUUGAGAAGCAAUGGGCAAAUCAGCCACUUCUGCCAGGGACGCAUGGUUCCAAACGACUGCGAAUCAUGCCAGCUGCGCUGCAGGGACGCGCGGCCAACCUGCGGCACUUCUCCGGUUUCAGUCUCGCACAUCAUGUGGACCCACGUUUCCGUCCACUGGUCCGGGCUGGGCCUAAGGAAAGCUUGCAGCCGAUGGCGCUGUCGGAGGAAAUCAGGGACACGGAAAACCAGAACAAGCAAGGAGCUGUGGCCUUCGAAUGCAACUUGCAGCCACAACCCCAGGGCCCUGGCCAACAGGACACAGCGGUGCCUACAGGUGGAAUUGGGGGCGGGGCAGGUCUGCCCCAUGCCCAUCCAUGGUCUUCUGAAGUUCUGGCAGCUGUGGCAUCCAGGAGCACACCUGCUCUUGCCUCACAAACACUGGAACAGGCCGCCAUGCUGGCAGAUCCGACUACGUCGCAGGCUCUAAUGAUGCUUUUGGCGAACACUCGCAACGUUCCACCCGUGGCGGAUGGGAUGUCCGCCGGUCUGGGACAGCUGCCACUCCGUCCAAGGAUGGGUCCUAUCACUGCGGCGAACCUUGCUGCUCUCCGAGAUCCGCAGGUGCCGAUGGUGAGCGCCACUGCUUCGGACAUACUGGCCUCGUGCAACUUGAUGAUGCCGCCAGGAACCGGAGGUACCAACCCCGCCGUGCCUGCAGCUGCGACGGGCAACGCACUACGUGUUCCGCUGUUUCCACCAACCCUAUCAGGUCUUGGAGACUCGACGCAACUUCAGCUUCAGUAUCUGCAACAACUUGAGGCAUUUGGUGCAUACCCGGACACAGGUAUGUGA